AAAAUAUCUUCCAACGGCUGUUUCUCGACUGUGGAUAGUUACUUGGAGUUAAGACUGAGACCGACGCGUUGCCACUCGUCUCUCCAGCGUCGUUUCCUUUUCUUUCUCAUUUAUUGCACGCAGAUCUAGGCGUUCCACAAUUUUCAGACAGCACUCAUUUCCCUCGCUCACUGAUCAUCGCUUUACUCUUUUAAUGGACCGGAACAGAACCGACGGCCCCGUCUACCCGCGCCAAUGGAGCAGCGACUCUGGUACCUCCGGCACUGGCUCGUCAACUCCUGCGUCAAUGUCGCUUGGACAUCACCACCAUUCGCGAUCCUCUUCUGUUACGGGACUUUCCACCAUCAAGAGAAACCAGAAUUUCGCUGCCAAAGCAGCUGCUCAGCGGCUGGCUCAGGUCAUGGCUUCUCAAACGACUGACGAUGACGAGGACGAAGAUGACGAUCUAGGCUUUAGAUACAGUGCACCUCCGCCUAUCUCACUUUCUAGGAAUCUUAACUCUGGUGCUGCAAGUAAUAGUAAUAAACCUGCGGUUCCAUCUAGCAGGAUCACUAGAUCUCCUUCACCUGCCUUAGCUUGGAACAUGGGAGAGGAAACUCCAUCGGUUCGUUCAACAUCAGCCGGAAGGCCCUCAAUGUCCCUUCGAGCAGCAUCGCCAGUGCCUCCUAGCAAAGGAUCACUGAAGACUUUGGUUUCUUUACCACCAGUGGAGCCUCCUAGAAACGGGCAGAGAGACGGUAAAAGAUUCAUAUCUGACGUGGGACGCCUAAACUCUAAAGAUACAGGAGAUCAGCGCGAGGCUUCUGCACUUCGUGACGAGCUUGAUAUGCUACAAGAAGAGAACGUGAACAUCCUUGAGAAGCUCAGAGUUGAGGAAGAGAGAUGCAAGGAAGCAGAGGCCAGAGUUAGAGAGCUUGAAAAACAGGUUGCUGCUCUUGGUGAAGGAGUAUCUUUGGAAGCUAAAUUGUUGAGCAGGAAGGAAGCUGCAUUGCGUCAAAGAGAGGCUGCACUCAAGGAUGCAAGACAAAAUAAUGUGGUGGAUAAGGAAAUUGCAUCUAUUCGAUCUGAAGUGGAGAAUGCAAAAGAGGAGGCUACAGUUGCCGUGCAACAGCUUCAUGGUGCUGAAUCUGAAGUGAGAGCCCUUUGCUCAAUGACACAAAGGAUGAUAUUGACUCAGAAAGAAAUGGAAGAAGUUGUUCUUAAGAGGUGUUGGCUUGCUCGCUACUGGGGCUUAGCUGCAAAAUAUGGCAUCUGUGCAGAUGUUGCUGUGUCAAAACAUGAAUAUUGGUCAUCCUUAGCACCUCUUCCAUUUGAGGUUGUUGUUUCUGCUGGACAAAAGGCAAAAGAGGAAUGUUGGGAAAAAGCAGGUGAUGGUGACAAUGAAAAGAGAAGCAAACUUGCUCAGGACCUUAGUGAUCUAACUGGAGAAGGGAACAUUGAGAGUAUGCUUUCAGUUGAAAUGGGGUUGAAGGAGCUUGCUUCUUUGAAGGUUGAGGAUGCUAUUGUGCUUGCACUGGCUCAACAACGAUGUGCAAAUUCUGCUCGAUUACUCAUCUCAGAUAUCAAAUCACCAGGUGAUCCAAAAUAUAUGGACGCAGUUGAAUUAAGUCCCGAGGAAUCUGAAGAUGUACUUUUCAAGGAGGCAUGGCUUACAUAUAUUUGGAGCAGAGCCAAAGACAAUGGUAUAAAAGAGGAUAUUGCCAGAGAGCGGCUUCAGUUUUGGAUUAACCGCCGUGGGCACUCACCAAGUUCACAUGAUGCUGUUGAUGUUGAGCAAGGCCUGAUGGAGCUCAGGAAGCUGGGGAUAGAGCGUCUACUGUGGGAAGCAUCUCGCAAGGAAAGUGAUCAGGAUUCUUCCGCUAACAUAACACAGAAAUCUGCAGGAUUAUUUAAGGAUUCUGCUUGAUGGAAAUUUGUCUAUCUUCUUGUUUUGCGUUUUUCCUCGUGUUUGUGGUAACAUAUCAUAUUAAUGAGCCUUGGUUUUCUAGUCCACAACACUGGCACAUUAACCAAGUAGGCUUCUUCCCUGUGGCAGACAAAUAAGGAGUCUGAGGCCCAAGGAGCUUGAACAAACGUGUUGUAGGAAAUCACGAGUGAAGAUGUGGCCUAAUGGAUUGUGGCGUAGCCGUCUAGCAAGCUUUCAUGGUAUUUGACAACCUUUUUGGUUCAUCUGUUUCCUGCACAGAGUGAUCAGGCUCUUGGGAUUUUGACUUGAGCGCUUCACUUAACAUGGGUACGAUGCUGUAUCAGGUUAAAAGCGCAGAUACAUUUUGCAAUACACGCAAAUGUUAAUUCUAGCAAAAGUCAGAUGACAAUUUCUAGCCUAUAAUUCAAAUUGUAAUUACGUCCUCAGCGAUUGUAUUAUCAAGUCUUAAUUAUGUUAUGUCA